AUGCGGAUAUGGAGCAGAUUCUACAAAUUAGACCCGCGCAUCGCCUUCGGGAAAUACUCCCCCAUGGAAAAAGAGAUCCUGCGUCUAGGUGGCAUCCACACUAUGGCAGCCAGAAGGCUUUUGGCUUUUAAAAAAGAGGAAGAACACAAGAUGCUGAGGGAGCUGCAGUUGCAGUCCCCAGACUACAUACAGGUGGCGCCCUGUAAGAAACACACCUCUGGCAAGGUGCGCGCACCCCUGGAAAGAGUGUGGACGGCAAAGGUGAUCGUACCCUCUGAGGAGUUUCAGAUGCCCCCGCGGGAGAAGGUCAACAUCAGCAAGCACAUAGAGCGGAUGCAGCUGGCUCGAGCCCUCAGCAGCAAGCACCUCUUACCCUGCGUGGAACGGUUCCGCGGCUCCAUGUUUCCAUCCGGAGGMGGCCUGGGUCCCCAGGCAAAAGAUAAGGCCUGGAAAAAGGGGGACAGCUAUGACAGUUAUUACCAUGACCAUAUCAAGGAGCAAAACCCCACAAAGAGACACGAAAUAAAAAUGAACGUUAUUUUCAAGUCAGAAGAACCCAAGAGAUGCAUAGCCUGCCAUCGACAUGACCGCCAGCCUUUCCUCACCAUAAGAAAACUGGAAAGAUGCAUUACGGGCCAAACGAACCGAAACCGCCUGAGCUUAGCGGAAUUCCCGGGAGACCUCAUGCUCAUGACCCAGGACUUUCUAUCCCAGGGAACCCACCCUGCAAAGUGA